UAGACAACUAUGGAUGCAUUAAAGUAACCAUUUAUUUCAAAUGUCUAUUUCAGUAUUAAACUUUAUUUUCUAUGAAGGAUGAUAAUGGACAAAAUGUCAGAGUGACUAAAUAUACUUUAAUGAAUGAACAAAAAGUUGCUAUUGAAAUCAUUAAUUAUGGCGCUACUGUUAUUUCCUGCUGGGUACCAAAUUCAUUGGGUGAGCUAGAAGAUGUUUUACUGGGCUUUGACUCAAUUGAAGAUUAUAGGUUACAGAAUACACACUCCAUUGGUGGUACAUUAGGCAGAGUUACAGAUUAUAUUAGUAACGGACAUCUCGAAGACGACAAAGGAGAAAUUUAUGAACUUAUUAAAAAUCGUGAUGGUCAUCACUUCAAUGGUGGUGAAAAAGGAUUUGAUAAGGUCAUAUGGGAUGGUUAUGUAAAAGAUAGUGAACUGGUAUUAACAUAUUCAAGUAAAGAUGGUGAACAAGGCUAUCCAGGAACAUUUCAAGUUCGGACAACAUUUCGUUUGACUUGCAAAAAUGAAUUAGUUGUAAACUAUGUUGGUAUGACAUCAAAAUCAACUCCAGUAAAUAUAGCCUCAAAUAUGUUCUUCAAUUUAGCUGGACAAAACACUGGAGAGUCUGAACUUAUGAAUCAUUCAAUUAUGGUCAACGCAGAAGAAUAUGUAGCAAUUAAAUUACCAGAGCGAAGACCUGUUGGUUUGAUUAAAAAUGUGCAUCACACAUGUCUUGACUUACGUGUUCCAAGAUUAUUAAAAAAAGCUUUCCCUCUAGUUCCUGGUUUUGGAUACAAUCAUACGUUUAAAUUGUUCAAAGGAAAAGAUCGCAAAGCAUUUAAUUUAGCAGCCAGUUUAAUGCAUAAACAAAGUGGUCGCAUGUUGGAUAUUUACACGGAUAUGCCUUGUAUCUAUAUAAAUACUGCUCAAGAUUUUCCAAAUUAUGGUAAAUCAUUAUUCAAAGAAGAGGUUCUGAAGGUAACUGAUAUAGAAACACCGCUAGCCAAAUUUAAUACAUAUGAAAAUGAACAACAGAGUCUUAUCUCUGAAGAAUAUACAUUUUUGAGUGACACAGAACUAAUUGAAGAAGAACACAAUUUAGAUUAUGAAAUAAAAGUGUCCUCAACACAGGUUAACAAUGUCCRUGAAAUCAAGCCCAUCAAAGGCAAAUUGAAUACUAUAUAUAACAAACAUUCUGGAAUUUGCAUACGUCCACAACUAUUUCCAGAUGCUGUUAUACAUAAAAACUUUAACAGUAUUAUUCUGAAACCAUCCAAUAUGUAUAGCCAGCAAGUCAUUUAUAAAUUUGGAGUUAUUUCUUCAACUGAUUAAGAAUAUUUGUCAAAAAAUAUAGUUUACUGGACUGAAAAUAACUCAUAAUUUAUUAUAACAACAAAAAAUUAACGAAUUUACAAGGAUUAUAGGAAGUAACUGAGUGUAUAUAAAUUAUAAAAAUUAAUAUAAAUUUGUAUAGGGCUUUAGACUUUGAAAUUACUGAAUUGAUCAGCACAUUAUUCUCAAAGAUUAUGACUAUUAUGAGUGUUCAUAGUUAUUAUUUAUCAACUCGUGUCUGUUUCUAUAGGUUGGCUCACCUACAUUUAGUUUUGACUAAACCUAUUGAGUUGUCAUUGGUAACAAAAUAAAAUGCUUUUUAAUAAUCUCGUGUAAAUAAAUAUAACUAAAUUGUCCUUUAUAUACUCAAAAACAUAGAUUUUCAACUAACUGUAACUGACA